AUUUUCAAUGGUGAAGAAGCUUUCAAAUGAAGUAGUCACGAAACCUGGCUUUUAGUUGCCGUGGCCUAAUAAAGUUUAAAUAAAUAACCAAAUACAUUCCACGGAGAGGAGUUCACGCCGUUCAUUCCGUCCAGAACGACUCAACAUUAUGGGCUACUAGACUGUUUAAAACGCACUCGGGAUCAUUAAAAUGGAUUUAGCCUGUCAACCCAAGAAAGCAAAUCAAUCAGAAUGAAUACGGGUGCUGCACAUCUUUGAGCAGCAGUAUGACGCAGGCAGGUGUCCGUCUAAGAUGCUACUCUGAGACGACCCUACCAGGCCUCACUGAGCAGCACAGGAUCAGACUGAAAGAAGAGGAACUCAGUGGUCUGGAGUCUGGAGUCCACCUGGCAGAGUCGGAGACAAAGUGUACUACACCCGGACUCAACACACUGGUGCCAGAGUGUGUUACAGCACACAGCGGGGUCAAUGAUGUACACCACAUAGACACAGUACAGAUAAAAACAGAGACUGAUCUUAAAACUGAGAGCCUAGACUCAACAACGACGGCAAAUGUAACCCAUCUGCAUCCCGACCAAAUCAAAACCGAGACCGAUGAUGGAGGCUAUGCUGAGGCUGAACACAUCCAUGUCUCGCCAGACGUUAAAUGUUUUGUCAUUAAAUCUGAUGAAGUGAAGUUUGAAUCCAGUGAAAUUUUAGUGAGUGAUCUCAUGAAUACUGUGCUGGAGGGAACUGGUGUUGAUCAAAAAGGCCAGACUGAACCAUGGCAGUGUGCAGGAGAGCCGAAUCCAGUCGGCAAAAAAACGAGAAACGGUACAGGAGGUUCCCUUCUGCACACCUUUGAGCAGCAGUUUGAUGCAGGCUGGAGUCUGAGACGAGACACUGAGACGACCCUACCAGAGCUCUUUGAGCAGCAUGGGAUCAGACUGAAAGAAGAGGGACUCAGUGGACUGGAGGCUGUCCACAUGGCAGAGUCAGAGACAAAGUGUACUACAUCAGGACUCAACACACUGGAGCCAGAGUGUGCUACAGCACACAGCGGGGUCAAUGAUGUACACCACUUAGACACAGUUCUGAUAAAAACAGAAACUGAUCUGGGCCCCACCAACACUGGGGAUCUUAUUAAGAUAGAGAAUCUAGACUUUGUAGAGCGGGCAUAUGUAAGCCAACUUCACCCUGACAAGAUCAAAACUGAGACUGAUGAUGGAGUCUACGUUAAGGCCGAACCCACCAGUGUCUUGCAAGAUAUUAAAUGUGUUGAUCUCAAAUCUGAAGUGAAGCUUGAACCCAGUGAAACAUUGGUUAGUGAUCUCAUUAAUACUAUGCGUAAUGGAGCACAGGAAGAACCAUUUACAGGAGAGCCAAAUCCAAUUGGCAAAACACCAGGGAAAAAGCGGUACCGUUCCAUCCAGUCUGUGAGUUGCCUUAAUACACCAUCAAAUGUAAGCCAAGUUGAAGGACUCUAUACAGGUGAAAGACUCAACCACUGCUCUCCGUGUGGGAAGCAUUUUGUUAAAGCAUCUACUUCACAGAAACGCCUCAGAUUUCAUGCAGAAGAAAAGCCCUACAUUUGUACUCAGUGUGGGAAGUCAUUUCUUCGGAAAGCUUAUUUAAGGACCCACCAGAAAAUUCAUACUGGUGAAAGGCCCCACAAAUGUAUUGAGUGUGGGAAGUGUUUUCUUCGGAAAUCUCACUUAAGAACCCAUCAGAAAAUUCAUCUAGAUGAGAAGACCCACCAAUGCUCUCAGUGUGAGAAGUGUUUUGCUGACGAAUCUAAAUUAAGUAUCCACAAGCGAAUUCAUACAGAUGAAAAGCCCUACAAAUGUGAUCACUGUGGGAAGUGUUUUACUCAUAGAUAUUAUUUAAAUGCCCAUGAGCGAAUUCAUACAGGUGAAAAGCCUUACAAGUGUGCUCGCUGUGGGAAGUCUUUUCUUCGGAAAUCUUAUUUAAGGACCCACCAGAAAAUUCAUACAGGUGAAAGGCCCCACAAAUGUAUUCAGUGUGGGAAGUGUUUUCUUAGGAAAUCUCAUUUAGAAAGUCAUCAGAAAAUUCAUCUAGUUGAAAAGCCCCACCAAUGUUCUCAGUGUGCAAAGUUUUUUGUUGACGAAUCUAAAUUAAGUAUCCACAAGAUAAUUCAUACAGCUGAAAAGCCCUACAAAUGUGAUCAGUGUGGGAAGUGUUUUGCUCGUAGAUGUUAUUUAAAUGUCCACGAGCAAAUUCAUACAGGUAAAAAGCCCUACAUGUGUACGUGGUGUGGGAAGUAUUUUCUUCAGAAAGCUCAUUUAAGUACUCACCAGAAAAUUCAUACAGGUGAAAAACCCUACAAAUGUACACGGUGUGAGAAGUGUUUUCUUCGGAAAUCUCAUUUGAGCAGCCAUCAGAGAAUUCAUAGAGGUAAAAAGCCCUAAAAAUCUGAUCAGUGUUGGAAGUGUUUUGUUCAUAAAUCAAGUACCCACCAGUCAAUUCAUGAAAAACCCCUCAUAUAGUUCUAUUUUAAAGACAAAGAAUUUGGCAAUGAUUAAAACAAAAUGGGAACAUGGUAUCUAAAAGAAAGGCCAAAUCUCUUUUUACGUGUUUAUAAUAUACUCUGGAAAGUUGUGCUGGCUCACUGCCGGGAUUGCAUUUCUAUCAUGUACAACCAAGUGCUUUGGACUGUCAUGCCUGAUUCUUUAAUACGUGCAAUUUCCUUUUGUUUUAACAACGGAGAUAUUUGCAGUGAUGCAAUUGACAGGAAUGUGUUCCUUUACAAUUAAUUUUGAACAUGGAA